UGAGUGAUAUGAGGCCCAUGGGCUUCAUUGACUAAAUAGACAUAAUUAAGGUACCAAAAAGCCAUAUACAAGAAGUAAAAGAAAAAAAUGAAGUGCCCGUACUGCUCGGCGGCGCAGGGGCGUUGCGCCACCACGAGCAGCGGGCGGUCCAUCACGGAGUGCACGUCUUGCGGGCGCGUGGUGGAAGAGCGACAGUCCCAUCCCCAUCACGUGUUCCACAUGCGCGCCCAAGACAACCCUCUGUGUCUGGUCACAUCGGAUCUCCCUCUCCCCAACCUCCAUCAGAACGACGACGACCCUUUCGAGCCCACGGGCUUCAUCACCGCCUUCUCCACUUGGUCCCUCGAGCCCAGCCCACUUUACCUGCAGUCCUCUCUCUCCUUCUCCGGCCACCUCGCCGAGCUCGAGCGCACUCUCGAAUCCUCUUCUUCUUCGUCAUCGUCAUCUUCAUCGACGGUCGUAGUUGAUAACUUGCGGGCUUACAUGCAAAUUAUCGAUGUAGCGUCAAUACUAGAGUUAGACUGUGAUAUUUCCGACCAUGCUUUUCAAUUAUUCAGGGAUUGUUGCUCCGCUACCUGUUUGAGAAACCGAAGUGUGGAGGCGCUUGCCACUGCCGCUCUUGUUCAGGCCAUUAGAGAAGCUCAAGAGCCUAGAACCCUUCAGGAAAUUUCAAUUGCAGCUAAUGUGCCACAAAAGGAAAUUGGGAAAUACAUCAAGAUACUGGGAGAAGCUUUACAGCUAAGUCAGCCUAUUAACAGCAAUUCUAUAGCAGUUCAUAUGCCAAGAUUUUGCACACUUCUUCAGCUCAAUAAAUCUGCUCAGGAACUGGCUACUCACAUAGGAGAGGUUGUGAUCAACAAAUGCUUCUGCACUCGCAGGAAUCCAAUUAGUAUCUCAGCCGCUGCUAUAUAUUUGGCUUGCCAACUUGAAGACAAACGCAAAACCCAGGCAGAAAUUUGCAAGGUAACUGGCCUUACUGAAGUCACUCUCCGUAAAGUGUACAAGGAACUUUUGGAGAAUUGGGAUGAUUUGCUUCCCUCUAAUUACACCCCUGCUGUCCCUCCAGAGAGGGCAUUUCCCACGACUAUAAUUGCUUCUAGUCGUUCCUCAACAGCUAAGGUUGAUGCUAUAGAGAUUAUUUCUUUGGACUCGGAAAAAUUGCCAGAAAUUAAACCAAGCAAACCAAACGAGGUCUCAGUCAUGGUCCAUCAUCCCAGAGGAAAGGAUGAGGCUGAAGGUAAAAGCAAUGCUGGUGCAAGCCAUUCCACAAUGAAUCAACAGUCAACUUUUUGGCAAUCCCAGCUUCCCAGUGGGACGCACAACCAUCAGGUUGUUUUACAAGGAAUGGAUAUUGAUGGAUUGCAGCAUAACCACCAACAUCCUGAACACAUGGCGGAGGACACAAAUGGUGCUGCUAGUGCUAAUUCUCUAAAAUCAAGCCAACUUUGCAGUCCUCCUGCUUCAAGCGCAAGCUCUGUUAUGAGGCCGUUUUCAGCUCCGCCUUCAUCUGGGCCUCCAAAUGUUCGAUUAGUGCAGUCACCUAAGAUAAUGCCAGGCUAUCCGGAGCACUGAAGAAUAGUGAAUCUAAAUGGAUGUGGAAAUACCAAUUCUUGUGCCAACACCUAAACUAGCAUAGAUAAACGAAAUGAGUUCGUUUCUUCUGGAUUAUAUACUAUUCUAUGUAUGUGUCAUUUGGUUUGUUUCUGAGUUGUAAACUGUGUGAUUAGUGAUAACUGCUGGAUCCAUCCAUCCAUCCAAUCCCAUAUGACGCUUAUAAUUGACUUAACACGUGGCAUUGGAUUUCAUUAUUCAAAACUCCAUAGAUUUCCAUUGAAUUAGGCAAUGAUGGAUUCAUCUGUUUCAGAUCUUGAUUAUUUAGUUAUUUUGUUUAUUUUUCACAUUUUGAAUUUUGAAUG